CGUUAACAGUGUGUAAACCAUGGUAUUAUACGUAUUAUUCGUUCUUUCCGGGAGCUUUGCGCUCACAGCCACGAUGUCUAUGACGUCACCACCACCAACACCACCACCUACCACACCAGUAGCCGCUUGUCAAGAUGACGGGAUCAUCUACAGAAUUGGACAAAGAAUUCCCGAUAGUGAUCCGUGUACGAUAUGCCAUUGCCAAAAGUAUGAAUGGGAAGAUGCGCCAUCAAAACACUGUAUGGUCAUGGACCACCUUGCCGCGGCAUGUUACAACCCCGUGGACCACGGACCAAAUGCCUGCCCGCGGUACACGUGUACAGGUAUUUAAAGACACAUUAUUCUCGUGGUGAUAAUAAGAACAGAUA